AUGUCUUCAUCAUCGGAGCGUCAUCCAACGCUCAAUAUCUUGGUCCCCCACGCACCAAUUCACCGCUACAGCAAACGGCUUCUAGAGCACUUUAGUACCGGAAAGAAGUCACCAGAUGAAGCCUUCGAUACCCGAACACACGAACCAGAGCAAUCGUCCCCUUCUCCUGAACAGCUUGUCGCCGACUUUGUACACCGGCUUCCCUUGCCAAUAUUACUACUUCUCUAUCCUACCAUCCUCGUCAUUCGUGUUUUACCUACCCGAUUUAUCUUGACAAACGGACACUCUAUUAUUCUGAAGUCUAGACAAUGGUUUUUGUCAAAGUGUCCCCCUAAUCCUGGCACCAAGUAAGUCCAUCCUCCCUCUCGCUUAUUCCGUAUACACCUGACAAGGCUUGCACUUGUACAAUGAUUCUAGAGGUAUUCAAUACAUACUGCCAAUUUUUAAGGGACUUUACAACACCACAAGUUGAUCACUUUCAAAUUCGCUGGUGCAAUGGAAGUCAGUGUGGUUGAAGCUGACUUGAGUAUUUAGGAAGAAUCACCCAGUGACUCAAGACGAUGUUGCAGAUGCCAUUUUAAAACUAUCUUCCACUCUCCGUGACUUCUCUAAAUCCGCUCGGGGACGCCAAUUCCAUGAAAUCCUGACCCAGAGUAGCAUCCUUUGCGAGAAUAUGAAGACCCUGAUGCGAGAAGAAAAGGAGCAUACAAAAUGGAAAUUGAAGCAACACGAGGACAUUGAUAAACGUAUUCAGCCCCUGAGAAGUGCUGUGCAAGAGGUCAAGAAGGGCAUUCGGGAACUAACACCAGAAUACGAACAAGACCAUAUUUUCUCGACAACAGAGCUAGCGCUAUGGAUUGAUAAGUUACAGGACGCUCAAGAGGAAUUUGAGAAAGACAUGGGAAUUAAGUACAAGCUUUUGGGGGACCGAAUCUAUGCGGUACAAGCAGAGGUAGACUUUCUCUUAGGCCUAAAGAUUCCAAACUCAAAGGGGACCGUAAAAAAGUCUUAUCGGUUUGAGAGCGCUCGAAAAGGUUCCAGCUAUGCUUCGGAAGAUGGAUCCCUCGACAUUUGCGGAACUCAAGGAUUUUCCAAGAAGGAAGAUGAAGAAAUACCGCUUCCCGAUUCUCCACCAGCACAAAGUGUCAUUCCGGAUGGUGUUGUUAUCCCAUAUUUCCCUACUCCGGAGAAUACAAUUGGAAGGGUACCUCUAUCGCAACCUCCUCAGUGAGUCAAUGUCGUGACUUUAAGGUAGAAACGAAUCAUGUUGGGCAAUAAUGCUGACAUUCGUGUUCAGGCAUCGCGGAAGAUCUCGAACAUCAAAAGGCUCCAGCCGAUCUUCUUCACUUACAGCAUACCAACGACACUCAGGCAAACCAUAUUCAAAAAGAUCGUCAAUCAGCCCUCGUUCGUCACUACUGCGUUCAAAACUUGAGGCAGAAGACAAGGAUAAAGCUGUGAAAAUCGCCAAAGAUCGGCCCGCUCCCGCGUCACCUACUGCUUGUUCUGAGGUAGAAUUAAACGCAAAUACUGAGAAUUACAACAAUGAAGAGUUGAAUAACAAUGGUGCAGCUCUGGAGCUUUCUCAAGCACUCGAGGAGAUUGUAAAUGAGAUCGAUGAACGCAGUAAGUUUUCUUAUUACUUUGAUUUGAAAGUGAGGUAUUGACUUGUGAAUCUGAAUCCCAGAAAGGCAGCGAGAAGAGCUUCCAGAUGGUCACAUCGACAAUGACCAGAACGGUCAAAGUUGCUCAACCUCCCUUGAUGGUGAAACACUUGUCGGGGAUGAGAAUUAG